CCACUUUGAAGAACGGACUGCGUCUCCUAGCAACAGGCCUGUUGCACCCGGAAGUCGCGUGAAUGUCAAGCGCAGAGGGCUUCUUUUUUUUCUCUUUUAUUCUAACUGCGCUAUCGGGGAGCUACUGAAAGUUGUGGCGAGAGGAAGUACGCGCUGUUGGAGAGCGGCGGCUUUCGGGUUUUCAAGCUUCCAUAUCAUGGUGCUGAAAGUCUUCUUCCCCGUUUGCUGCUCCGCAGCGGAAAGCGGCCUGCUGGUGGGACGAUGGAUUCCAGAACAGAACUCCGCUGUUGUUCUGGCGGUGAUCCACUUCCCUUUCAUUCCCGGCCAGGUGAAGCAGUAUCUGUCCGAAAUGCAACACGCAACGCAGGUAAAGCUGUCUGUGCUGGGCUCUUGGACGACGAGCAAGCAAGCAACGGAGGAGAGUUUGGACAGCGUCCUUGAAGACCUUGGCACAAUCUUUUCACACGACACCUGGAUCCAGCUCAGCAAGGAGAAAGGAAGCAAGUUCUGGAGCUGUUUCGCCACUCGGAAACAGGCCGAUGGCGACAAGGAAGAUGAAAUCAUCUUGGUGUAUUACGACCAGCGCAAAGUGAUGCUUUCGCAGCUUCACCCCCCGCAGGACGCAGCCGCUUUUUCUGAUCAGACGGCAGUGGAGGCUUCCAAAGUAGCAGCCGUGUUUGACACGGUUGCAAAAAGCAAGUUACUGUUCAUGAAGGACAGGUAUGACGAGGGGCCCAUCAAGGUCACCCACUGGCAGUCGGAAGGCGUCGAAGCCAGUAUUAUUGUGGAACUGUUGAAACAGGCCUCUGUUCCUGCAUGCAUGCUGAUAACAUGCCUGCUUUCACUUGUCUCUGGAGUCUGUAAAAGCAGAGCGCUGACCUUUUGGCCUUUGUCUGUCAUCUGGAGCAAGCUGUCAACUUGUGAGCAGUUGGGCCACCGGCUGCAGCACCUCCAAGUCAUCAGCAGCAAGAGGAAGGCUCCAAAUCAGAUCCAGCUGACGAGAAAAGCCAACAUCUUUGUUUCUCUCCUGAUCGAUGUGGCUCUGGGGAUAUUGCUGAUGUCCUGGCUGUACCAGAAGAAUCGGAUUGGUCACCUAGCCAACGCCCUUGUUCCAAUGGCUGAUCAUGUGGCCCAGCAGCUCCAAGAUCUUCUGCAGUGGCUGAUGGGCGUGCCAGCCGGUCUGAAAAUGAACAGAGCUUUGGACCAAGUGUUGGGACGGUUCUUCCUUUAUCACAUCCACCUUUGGAUUAGCUAUAUCCACCUGAUGUCUCCGUUCAUUGAGAGGAUCCUGUGGCAUGUUGGCUUAUCAGCCUGUCUAGGCCUGACUGUGGCCCUCUCCAUCCUCUCUGACAUCAUUGCACUCCUGACCUUUCACAUCUACUGCUUUUAUGUCUAUGGAGCCAGGCUCUACUGCCUCAAAAUCUAUGGCUUGUCAUCGCUGUGGCGCUUGUUCCGCGGAAAGAAGUGGAACGUCUUGAGGCAGCGUGUGGAUUCAUGUUCCUACGACUUGGACCAGCUAUUCAUCGGCACUUUGUUGUUCACCAUCUUGCUAUUUCUUCUGCCCACAACCGCCUUGUACUAUUUAGUGUUUACCUUGCUCCGUCUGCUGGUGGUGAUUGUGCAAGGCCUGAUCCAUCUGCUGGUGGACCUCAUCAACUCGCUGCCCUUUUAUUCGGUCAUCCUCCGGCUCUGCCGAUCCUACAGACUUGCAUCUGGCGUGAAGUUCAGAGUCCUUGAGCAUGAGGCCAGGAAACCCCUUCGUCUUCUAAUGCAGAUAAACCCCCUGACCUACAGCCGGGUGGUGAAGGUGUACAGGCUCCCAACGUACAGCUGCUACCCCAAGGACUCCUGGGGCUCUUUGUGCAAGAAGCUGUUCGUUGGGGAGUUGAUCUACCCUUGGAAGCAUAAAGGCGAAAAGCAGGACUGAUUGGCCACCACUGAGACGGACUGCAAAGACUUGAGGCCAAAGGAACGUUUGAGAAGUAGGCUGUUUUACAGGCCAAAGGCACUUUGGAAGCAUCCGCUGGCAGCUGCUGCCAUGUUAACAUUUCCGUUUGCCAAGAUAAAUGUGUGGGCAUGGGGUUCUGGGGUGGGAGGCAUUUCAGGAAUGGGUUCCCCUUUUCCUAUGGAUUCAGUGAAUUCCUCCUCUUACACCCCCCACUACGGGCAGAUCUUUUUCUCAAUGAAAUAUUAUUUCAUCCUGAAUUAGAAGUGCCAGCGUGUCAGGGGCCAAAAUUAAUGCAGCUACACACAGAAUUUUAUUUUAUUUUAUUUUUGUGGUAUGCUGCACAGGAGCCCAGUCUGCGCUAUCUACCAUGUUAUUCUGCUUCCUGAAAAUUUCAGCUCCUCUUCCCUAACCUACAAGUCACUAGCUCGUGCAAUUGCAGCUGCAAUUGUGAAAGUGUAUGGGCAAUGCCUGCCACUAUCUUGAUAGCCAAAGGGGUGGCUGAAUAAGAUUUCUAGCAGCCAGGAGGGGUCUGCCCAGGUCUGAUCACCUCCUGUUGGGGGACAAAUGACUCACUGGGGGGAGCCGCUCUCUUCCUGCCCUCUUUGCAGGGUUCCCAAAAGCAUCUGCCUCUGUUGGAAACAGGAUGCUGGGCUGGAUGGAGUCACGUCCUCAUCCAGAAGGACUUUAUUCUUCUGAUAUUAUGGAUCGGGGGCAAACUAGACGUGAUGUGUGUCAUAUAGCUUGCUCCUAUGUAGUUGAUUUCUCUUUAACAAAUAGCUAGCAGGGCGGGGGGAAACUGAUUCAGGGCCAUGGCAUGGAGGGAGGAGGUCUUUAACCCUCUGCCUCUGUCACCGUCCUGAUCAGAACUGAGCCCCUGCCCAGCUGUUAUUUGCAGUGGGAGGAAAACGCCUAUUUGCGCCAAUGGAAGCUUGUCUCCCAUUGCUAAUAGCAGGGCAGGGAGAGGGGAUUCCACACCAGCUGUUCGUCAGAAGAGGAAUCGGUUAUACAAGGUCAAACAACACAGCAAACAUCUAAUUUGGAGCAUCAGGUCCUAUGGAGUUCCUUGUUUCCCCACCACCGGCGCCAGAGUGACGAGAAACCCGCAGCAGAUUCUGCAUAACAGGAAAAAUUGCAAGAAAAAUUAGGCGCCAUGUUAGAAAUUGUGUAAAUAUGCUCCCAGAUUGCAAUUUUUAGUUAUACUCAUCCUGGACUUUUGCUUUCUUUCAUUGAUUAGAUAACUAUUUUGUUUGUUAUUGUUGUUUUCAAAACUGUGGCCCCAGCCAGCUUGUCACAGCAUUUCCACAAAAGUAGAAUACAUUUAAAAAUAUGUAUAUUAACACUCAGGACAAUUCUAAGAUAAAUGUAGACUGUCCCAGAAUAAACACACACACACACACACACACACACACACACACACACACACACAGAGAGAGAGAGAGAGAGAGAGAGGCAGAGUACCCCCUUGUCUUGUUCAUAAAAACCAACAGUCUGUAUAAACUAACAAGGAAACUCCAAAAGGUCCUUGUUAAUGUCGUAUGUGAUCAUUCUGAGUUCCCUGUUACAUAGUUUGGCCCCAGUGAGGCUAAGAACAGAUAGCAAAUAGAUUCUGGAUCCAGAUAUUCAGUGCCAUUUUAAAAAAAACAAAAAAACAUUUUAAACCAGUUUACUGGAAAGUGAAUUUGACAUCAGAGGCAAAUAUGCUUUGAGCACCCUAGUAGGAACUUUUCAUAGUGGGGAGGGGGGGGCACGUGUCUUGUCUGUUGCUUAAUUUGGGGGCAUGAUUUGAUCACACUACACUGCAGCAAUAACAGGCAACUCGAUGUGAGCAAAAUGAUCCCAAGGCUGGGAAUCGGAAGCAUGUUGAACUUUUGAGUAAGCUCCGUCGAAGUCUGUGGGACUGAUUCAUUGUGAAUAGCUUUAGAGUCAGUGUGUUUAUGUAAUACAGGGGCCUAAAGAAUUCACUACCUUGCCAUUAAGUUUCAGCCUAAAAGCCAUUACUGAGUGCCACAAUACAGCGCCAUCAUCAGGAUACUUCUCAAGGGUCUGUGAUUGUCAGGAAUGUCCUGAUUUUUUAACUUUUUUUUUUUUUUAGUAAAAGCGUUUUC